AUGGCAACGACUGCUGAUACGAGCGCGACCACGCCGCCGGCGAAGAUGAAGAGUCCGCAAGCGUGCCUGACGGGCUUGCCUCCUGAAUUGAGAGUGCGAAUUUAUGGGUUCGUCUUCUCUGGACUCUGGACAAAGGAGGAGGAGGAGUCAGUCGAGGCUCGGUAUCCACUCGCAAAGAGCCAAGAACUCACUGUUCCCAAGAGCAAGAGCAAGGACGAGCUCAAGGAAGUUGGUGAAGACGAGAAUCAAGACAUGGACAAGGGUCAGGAGGAGAGCAACCCAUACCGAAGUCCCGACGUACAAAGCAACAGCGAGAUCGAGGUUGGAAAUGACGAGGAAGCGGUAGAGGCCGGGACCGAACUACAAGAGACUCCACCUCGACAGCACUGCUGCUCUCGCCACGAGGACUCUCCAGACAUCCCUGGAGCAGAUCCACGACCAAUUACCUGCACCUGCUGUUUCGGCCGCCUCAACCUUAGCAUCCUAUCCACCAACAGACUCAUCUACAGCGAAGCGCUACCAGUCUUCUACGGCUCGGUCGAGCCUCGUGUCGGCCUUCCUACAGUCUUUUGGUCUAGCGACCCGGCGAAAGACCUGCGCGAGGUACUCGAUCGGCUCCCUCAAAGCCGGCUCACAAUGGUCUCACAUGUGGUUUUGUUUCGGACCACCAGUGCCAUAGCAGUCGGUCAUGACUGCUGUAUGUUACCCGCCUACGAUCGCUUGUGGGAGGCUCUCGCAAGCGACUUGCCGAAUCUCAAGCAUGUCCGCAUCCAUCUCGAUCUCAACGUGGUUUUCCACGUCCGCGAAUUCCCGUUUCGUUACUUCGCGGGAGUCACGCGGUUGUCUAAGUUGCAGACGGUUGGGAUUGAGCUUUCCUGUACGCAGUUUCGAGAAUUGUCAAAAGACAUCAACGAGGAUGGCGAGACGAUUGCAGACCUGCAGGUGGCAUUCGCAGGAAGUAUCAAGGGCAAGGCGGAGGGCUUGGGAAAGCGGAUUGAGGUCACAGUUUCUUGA